GUCCUCCGACCGUUGCCUGGGCAUGUCUUUCGACGAGGCCGCCAGCCACAUCUCCAAGGAUGGCCUUUCCAUGACCGUCGAUGAGGUUAAGGAGUUCGACGAGAACCACGACGGCAGCAUCAACUUUGAGGAGUACCUCACCAUGCGCUUCAAGUACGACGCCCAGCGCCAGGGAAACAUGCGCGGCCGUUUUCUCGCAUAAGCGUACAGAUCA